GGCAAAGAGGAUAUGAUUGAGACCGAGGUCAGCAUUGCCCGCCGGGCAAAGCACCCCAACAUCGUACAGAUGUACGACAUGUACGACACACCAGACAAGCUGUACUUAGUCAUGGAGAUGGUGGAGGGGGGCGAGUUAUUCGACCGCAUAGUCGAUCAG